UUUCUCGCCAGGCCUCCGCGUUGCUGGUUCGGGCGUUUGCCUGGUUGCCACUGCUUCUUUGAAUUACCUUCUUUCUCUCUGCCCCCAGGCCUCCCUCGGCUCCGCAAUGACGAAGCACACCGCCUUCGCCGCCGAGGACGCGGUCGUCGCGGCGCCGGCGCCCGCGCAGCCCGGGCGGCGGUUCACGUCGUACCCGCCGUCGAGCUGCAGGACGGCCGCGGCGCAGCGCAUGGACGCCGGCGCCGCGGGCGCGGCCGCCAGGGCCACGGGGUCCUGGCUCGAUGCCGUGCCGCGCCGCGCCGAGCACGACGACUGGAUGGAGAAGCACCCGUCGGCAUUGGCCGGGUUCGAGUCGGUGCUGGCCGCGGCGAAGGGGAAGCAGGUCGUGAUGUUCCUCGACUACGACGGCACCCUGUCGCCCAUCGUCAAGGACCCCGACACCGCCGUCAUGACCGAGGAGAUGCGCGACGCGGUGCGAGGCGUGGCCGAGCACUUCCCGACGGCGAUCGUGAGCGGGAGGUGCAGAGACAAGGUGUUCAACUUUGUGAAGCUGGCGGAGCUGUACUACGCCGGGAGCCACGGCAUGGACAUCAAGGGGCCCACGCCGGAGUCCAAGCACGCCAAGGCAAAGGCCGAAGCUGUUCUGUGCCAGCCGGCGAGCGAGUUCCUGCCCGUCAUCGACGAGGUGUACCGCGCGCUGACGGCCACGACGGCGGCGAUCCCUGGCGCGACGGUGGAGAACAACAAGUUCUGCCUCUCCGUCCACUUCCGCUGCGUCCAGGAGGAGAAAUGGCGUGCUUUGGAGGAGCAAGUGCGGUCGGUGCUCAAGGAGUACCCGGACCUCCGGCUCACCAGAGGCAGGAAGGUCUUGGAGAUCCGACCCUCCAUCAAGUGGGACAAGGGCAACGCACUCCAGUUCUUGCUGGAGGCUCUAGGUUUUGCGGACAGUAACAAUGUUUUCCCGAUCUAUAUUGGAGACGAUCGCACUGAUGAGGACGCGUUCAAGGUGCUGCGCAACAUGGGACAAGGGAUCGGAAUCCUUGUGUCCAAGAUCCCCAAGGAGACCAGCGCAUCCUACUCCCUGCGCGAACCUUCCGAGGUGAAGGAGUUCCUGCACAAGCUGGUCAAGUCCAAGCAGAGCAAGCAGCGGGACUAACCAUGGUUCAAUCAGCAUCAGCAGGACAAAAGCUAGAGCUAACGGAGAUCCAAAGGCAGAUCGUCCCAACGGGCGAGAAGCAAUGACAAUCUCAGGCUUGAUUCGAUCGUCCAUGGCCACGGUGACACGGAUUAACUGAUGACCAGACAUUAAACACCCAGAUUUAACUACAGCAAUCGCAAGGAAAGAUUUUGCUUUUUAUUAAUUUUUUUUAGAGGAGAAUAGAGAGACCAUAGGUAGAGGAAGAAGGAGCCCUAGACUGGAGCCGCCAGAGCCAUGGCGAAGACAGCUCCGCCGUCGGCGCCGGGAGAUCGGCAAGUGGGCCGCGUGGUGGCUUCUAGCCUUCUGUAGGUGGGCUUCUGGGUCUCCAUUGUCAGUGUGUGUAUCGACCUGCCGCCGCGCGGCGGCGGAGGGCAUGAGCGCAUGUUUUGGGCCUACGCUGUUUCACUCAGGGGCCGUUGGCCCGCUUUAAAUUUUAGCCCAUUACAUUUCUGUUA